UCCCGUCUCACCUACCAAUGUUUCCCCAGGGACAGCGAAAUCUUGGUAGCAGUUGCAAACAGUAUGGAGAAAAGGCAGUCUGAUGGGCCUCCUGGGCCUCCUCCCACCCCGGAAUAUUUGGCGUAUACAAACGCUCCUGAAAUACUGGGCAUCACGGGGUCUUUCUUCACAUUGGCCCUACUGAUAGUCUUGCUUCGCUGCUAUGUGCGAGCUACCAUGCUACGUAUCAUCGGGGCAGACGACUUCGUCAUGAUUUUUGCAAUGAUCUGCGCAACCGGUACAUUUGUGUGCUUUGUCCUCGAAACACAGAAUGGCCUCGGAAAGCACGCAUUGGCAAUGACUGAGGAGGAUCACACGGCUUUUACAAAGAUCCAAUACUUCCAUUCUCUCGUCAUCAUGGUCGGCGUCUCUGCUGUGAAGGUCUCGAUAGCUUUGAGUCUCAUCCGACUCUCGCCCAGAAAGUCGUACACGGUAUUCUUGUAUGGAGUGAUUGGGUUCAUGGUCAUCAUGACCCUCGCUUGCGCCGGUACAUUGAUCUUUCAAUGUCUUCCCGUCCAGGCAGCAUGGGACUUCAGCCUUCGCCCGCCAACGGGAACAGCAAAAUGCUACAACCAGAUCAUUUUCCGGAAUUUGGGUCUUAUGAACAGUGCGUUCAACAUCGUCACCGACGUACUCUUCGCAACAUUACCGGUUCCCCUUAUCUGGAAACUACAACUCAACACACGUACCAAGAUAUCACUUAUCGGCAUUCUCUCACUUGGAUGGUUUGCUUGUGGUGCCGCGAUAGUCAAAGCCGUCCAGCAGUGGACGGUCUUCGAGGAUCCGGAUUGGUCCGUCCACGAUUCCUUUAAUGUCUGGAACUAUGUGGAACUCACCAUCGGUAUCAUCGCCGGCUCUCUUCCUUCUCUGAAACCGCUUUUCAAUUGGUUCCUACAAACAGCACGGGCAAUAACAUCAGGGGGACGAUCGAGGGCGGCCAAAGGUUACAAAGGUCCUAUAUCUCUGGGCUAUCAGGACAUGCCUGGGGAUUCCAGCCGAAGGAGUAUCGCGCUUCGUAGCUUCCCAACUACAACCGGAAGUCCUACGAACGGCGAGAGUCCUUACGAAGUUCAUGUUACCACAAAAAGGCAGGGUCAAAGACCUAAAGAUCCGUGGGAUAUAGAAAGUGCCAAAAUAAGCGACGAGAGUAUACAGCCUCUUCAUAUCAACGAGCCUGGUAUCACUAUGACGCGAGAGGUGCGGGUCACCGAUUCGUAGAAAAAGCUUGGAUUUGGGGGACAUGCUACUGGGGACGGGGGGUUUUAGCAAUGGCUGUGGGGAGAUCUGAGAUUAUUCUUUUGUUCAUAUACCCUUCAGCAUUAACGCAUUAUGUUCGCUUCCUGCGAUCUUUCAAUCUAUGCUUAGGUCAUGGAGAUUUUCUACAACAAACAGUGUAGCAGUAUACAAACAUACUAGACUGCUUUGGAAAAGCUACAUUGAUCUUGGUACAGCCUCAACUAUUCAGACCCACCGCGCUAGUGGGUUCCAUGCUUUGGCUGUGACACAAGUUGAACAGACAGUUAAUUAUCACGUUCACCCGUUGCCACUUGCCACUUCAUACAACGCAGCUGUCCGAUAGAAAUUUUAGACAAAGAAAAUUGGUAUCUUUUUCUUUUGCACACAACGUUUACAGUAGACUACUAGCCAUAACAUCAACAAUUAUUCGACUAGAAAAUGCCAACUUACCAGUGCCAAAUUUCACUGUGCCGUAUCAAAAUACGAUGAUUCUGCCGACUAAAACCAGACCAAUCCCACGAAUGAAUUUACAAGUCGUCCCCGUAUCAAUCCAU